AUGGUGAUUGCCGGAGCUCCUGAGUCGUCGCCAGAGCUCGUUGCCGCCUGGUCGGCUGUCGUCGCCAAGCCUCCGUCGGGGCCCGAAAAGGUGACCAUGGCAACGAAGCCCCCUCUACCGCCGGCUCCGAAGCCCGUGAAAACAGUCGCUGGAAAGACUCCUCCCCUCGUACCCGCGGAUCCCGUGAGCGGGACUGGCCCGGCUGCCCCUGUUGCUGCUCCGCCCGCUCCGGCUGAUGCUCCUGUCCCCCUCGCUCCCUUGGUUGCGCCGUCGGCGUCUGCUCCUGCUGGGGAGGUUGCUGAUCCCCCUGCUCCUGCCUCUGGCGCACCCGUUGCACCGGCCGCUUCUGUCCCCGACGUGCCUGCGCCGGUGUCUGCGUCGUCCCCGCAGGCGGCGUCCGCCACCACUGGCGGCCCGGCCCCGAUGGUUGAGGCUCCGGUCGUGGACCCACCUGCUCCUGCUGCGCUGCCGGCGGCGCCGGUAGCGCAGCCGUCUUGUCCCCCGUCGCCAUACCGCCGCCCAUCUCGCCCCCAUUCUCCCGCGCCCCAGCAGGAGCGCGAGUCGUCGCGGCGCCGGCGCAACUCUCCCCGGCACUACCAGCGGCAGGCCCAAUGGCCUGCUCACCCCGGUGGCAAUGCGGGCUGGAGGGGUCCCCUCACGGCGUGGGUCGUGCGCGAGGAGAGGGCGGCGCAGAGCCAGAGCAGUUCACUGCGGGCCGCGCCAGCGCACGUGGCUCCUCGCCGGGCUGUGCCUCCCGUGGUCCCUCCACCGGCUGCUGUAGUUCCUCCUCCUGUCCUUGCCCCAUCGGCUCAUGCUCCUGCUGCCUCGACUGCUGAUCCUGGGUCUCAUCUUCGCCUGCCGCCCGUGCCGCCGGUGGCGGGUGUCGAGUUCGUUCCUGCUGGUGGAGGGGUGGCGGGGGCGCAGUACCCUCCAUAUCUUGCUCCUGAUGAGCCGCUUCCAUUCUUGGCGGUGGCACUUCAGCCCCCGCAGACCCGUGUUUCUGAGGCAACACUCGGCCAGCUGCACCGUCUUGCAGAGAGCCUUCACGCGCUGCUGCUGAUCCAGGUGCUGGCUCACUCUUCUCUCCUUGCGAUCCUUGCUGAUUCGUUUCAUGACCGGCCACGCGAGACUUGCCUGGACGUGGCGGACCAGCUCGCGCAGCUGCUGGCGCCCGCGUUGGCUGCACCCGUAGAGGGUGGCGCUGCGGCAGUGGGACAGCUUGACGAGGCUGUCCGGGGCUUGAGGCGACACUUGCGCGCAGGAUCUGGAGCCGCGGCGAUCGGCGCAAGUACGCUGGUGGUCCGUGAGCUGUGGCGGACGUUAACGGGCAUUCUCCAUGCCCUCGGGGCUCACUGGAUGUAG